AGGAAUCGCCAGACAAAAGACCCCCUCUUGUGUCGCCUGUCUCCCCCAGCAAACUAACGAAGUUUGAGGGGGUUCACUGCAGACGCUUUACCUUCUCGCCACUCCCGGGAAAGAGUUUCUCGCGCCGAGCGAUCACCAUUCGAACCCCCGCUUCUCUACCAGUCUGCAAACUGGGUGUCUGACGAGAGCAUUCAUUCUGGCGUGCACCGUAGACACUGCUUGAAAGUGAAAAGUGUUCGGACUUGCUCGACUCUGCACAUCGAAAACUGCAGCCAUGAGAAGCCAGCCGCUGUUCGUCGCUUUCGUCAUCCUGUUCCUGCUAUUUUUGGAUGCUGCCUUUGGAAUGGAAGACGUCCUGGGCUUGCUGAACGACCGAGUCGACUCCGUCACCAACAUGGCGCGCGCUUUCCUGGCCGUCUUCGUCGGCGCCUUCACCAUCAACGCGUGCGCCGUGAUCUUCAUCGUGUUCGGCGACGGUCGCUCGCGCCGGUUCCUCUUCCCCCUGGUGGUGGUCUACGCGGCCCUGUACCUGGUGUUCAGCGGGAUGGCGUACCUGUUCCUCGGGCUGAGCGGAAGCGUGGCCAGUCGGGUGCGCGCGCUGGGCUCCAUCCUGGACGCCGUCUCGGUGGUCGACGUCUCGGACUCCGCCUUCUCCUACAUCAAGGUGCACGAGCAGGAGUGCCGGCUCCGAUUCGUGUGCGAACUCUCGGAAAAAGCGAUCGAGCGCGACCACAUGUUCGCCCUGGUGCUUCGCGUCGUCAGCAUACUGGGCAGCGCCGGCGGACCGUACGUCGAGGCGGUGCUGGGGGGCCUCAGCGGCCGCGGCUGCGACCUGCUGUUCUCGGGGUGCGAUUACUCGCCGUUGAGAAGAUCCCUGCCGUUCGUCGACUAGCACCUCCCCUCCCCCCGGAUGUAUGUACAUAAAUGCGCUCAACCGAUUAGUCGUAUUAUCUAUUUAUGCGAAUAAACAAGCCCAGUGAAAUUCUCGUCAA